AUGUUACCAUGUCAACAUUUAUUUAUUAUUAUUAUUAUUAUUAUUAUUAAUCUAAUGAAUAACAUUAUGUUAAUAAGAUUAUUAAUUACAAUUAUUAUUAUUUCAUUUAUCUUAUUAUGUGCUAUUCAUCCAUCUAUAUGGUUUAUCAUUAAUCAUCAAUUAUGUUUAAAAGAGAAUAGUCCAUUAUAUAAUCAUUGGUUUAAUUCAUCUAUACCAAUUUAUAUACAAUUUUAUUUUUUUAAUUUAACAAAUCCAUAUGAAUUUCAAAAUGGUGCCAAACCCAAAUUAAAACAAUUAGGACCAUAUACAUAUAAUAUUAAAUAUUAUAAAUUCAAUAUACAACAUAAUUAUAAUAAUAAUACAAUAAAAUAUCAACAAUAUAAAAGAUAUUAUUUCAAUUCGAAUUUAUCAAUUGGACAUGAAACCGAUCAUAUAACCCAUAUCAAUUUAGGAUUUGUUGCCAUAGCAACUAAAUUGAAUUCGUUACCACGAUUAAUUAAUUAUUUGAUUGAAUUAUAUGAAAAAUAUCAUCAUUAUAAAUUAAUACAAAUUAAAACAAUUCAACAAUUAUUAUGGGGUUAUAAUGAUGAAUUCUUAUUAUUAUUAUCUAAUUAUGGAUUUAAUAUAACAAUGACAAAGAUUAGUUUAUUAUUAAAUUAUAAUGAUACAUUAAAUGAUGAUAUCAUCAUUCAUGAUGGUUUAAAAAAUCCUAAAAAUUUGGGCAAAAUCAUACAAUAUAAUAAUAAGACUAAAUUAAAUGAUUGGACAACAAUUACAGCGAAUAUGAUCAAUGGUACUGAUGGUACAAUCUAUCAUACUUAUAUAAAUAAACAAGAGAAACCCUAUAUAUUUCUGAAUGAUUUAUGUCGUUCUAUUCAAUUAACAAGAGAUUCAAUUAAACAAAUGAAUCAUUUAAAUGUAUUUAAAUAUUUAUUAACUGAGGAUACAUUUAAAUCUGGUGAAUUCUAUGAGAAGAAUAAAGGAUUUUGUUUAAAUUGGUCAAAUUGUUUUAAAGAUGGUGUAUUGGAUAUGUCAUCAUGUCAACCGAAUUCACCAAUUGUUAUAUCACAACCACAUUUUUUAAAUGCUGAUAAAUCUUAUCAAAAUGCUAUUGAUGGUAUACAAUCUAAUAAUGAUGAAUAUAAUACAACCAUUUAUAUUGAACCAACUACUGGUCUUAUUAUAAAAGCUCAAAUUAAAUUACAAAUUAAUAUUGUGAUUAGAAAUAAUAAAAAAAUUAAACAAUUAUCUAAUAUUUCAAAUGUUUUAUUACCUUUAGUAUAUUUCAAUGAAUCUGUACAUUUAAAUGAAACAAUCAUUCAUCAAAUAAAUAUGUUACUUAUUCAAUUACCAAUGAUUAUUCAAAUUGUUUUAAUCAGUAGUAUCGUAUUCAAUGUUCUAUGGUUAUGUUCAAUUAUAUUUAAAUUAUUUAAACAAAACAGAUAUAAUUUAAAUGAUCAAAGAAUCAAUGAAGAAAAUCAAUGGCUUACUGUUGGCACUGGACUUUUCAUUGCUCUGCAUUCAAAGAUAUCUCCUGAAUCCCGGAUUCAAGUUGUGCAAUGUGAAGUUGAUAGUUAUCAUACAGAUCAGAUCACGACUACAGAAAGCGGAGGAAUACCUCGGUACAUUGGAGCACUGAUGCUUCCUGAUUGUGUGUAUUUAUUCGGUGCCAUUCUGGGUGCAUUUGUAGCUGCAGUUAUGAAUGUUUACAUACCACUUUACCUUGGGGAUUUCGUUAGUUCACUGUCAAGAUGCGUCAUGACUCACGAAGGGUUCGUUUCUGCUGUGUAUGUCCCUACACUUAGAUUGUGCUCUUCAUAUAUACUACAGUCACUAUCCACAUUCUUGUACAUUGGACUAUUGGGAUCUGUCGGUGAACGUAUGGCUAAACGUAUGCGGAUUCAGUUAUUCCGAAAGUUAGUCUAUCAAGAUGUAGCCUACUUUGAUGUACAUAGUUCUGGAAAAUUAGUAGAAAUUAUUGGAUCAGAUGUACAAAACUUUAAAAGUUCAUUCAAACAAUGUAUUUCACAAGGUUUACGUAAUGGGAUUCAAGUUGUUGGAUCUGUAUUUGCAUUAUUAAGCAUAUCGCCUACUUUAACAGCUGCACUUCUUGGUUGUUUACCAUGUGUUUUUUUAAUUGGAAGUUUAAUGGGCACUGAACUUCGUCAUAUUAGUCGUGAAGUUCAAUCACAAAAUUCUCUACUCGCUUCGUUAACUGAUGAGGUGUUUAGUCAUAUACGAACAGUGAAAUCUUUGACAAUGGAAGAUUUCUUAAUUGAUAAAGUAAAUUAUAAUGUAAGUAAAUCCAAAAUGUUAAAUGAAAAACUUUCGUUUGGAAUCGGUUCAUUUCAAGGUCUUUCUAAUUUAACAUUAAAUGGUGUUGUUCUGGGAGUACUGUAUGUCGGAGGGCAUUUAAUGUCUCGGGGUGAAUUAGACGCUGGCCAUUUAAUGUCAUUCUUAGCCACUACACAAACGUUACAACGUUCACUUACUCAAUUAUCCUUACUAUAUGGACAAGUAGUUCGUGGAUAUACGGCAUUAAAACGUAUUCAUGAUAUAUUGGCAUUGCCUGACGGAAUUGGUUGUAUUACAUCAUCAUCUUCAUCGUUAGUCGUUAAUAAGCAACAUUUGACCAACAUAAGUGAAGUACAAUAUCUUUCUUCAUACUCUGCACCGAGUAUAGAGUUUUCCGAUGUCAAUUUUGUUUAUCCGAAUCGUCCGGAAACGAUUGUGUUAAAUGAAUUGUCAAUGUUUUUACCAGGGGGUAAAGUGAUCGCUCUGGUUGGUCAGUCUGGUGCAGGUAAAUCUACUGUUGUCUCUUUACUGGAACGUUUCUAUGAUCCAAUAUCUGGCGAAAUUUUAUUAAAUAAUUGUAAACUAACUAAUUUCAAUGUGAAUUAUUUACGUAGUAAAUUAAUUGGAUAUAUUAGUCAAGAACCUCAAAUAUUCAAUGCAUCAAUAAGAGAGAAUAUACGAUUUGGUCGUUUUGAUGCUACUGAUGAAGAGGUUGAAGAGGCAGCUAAAUUAGCUUAUGCUCAUGAAUUCAUUUCAAAUGAUUUACCAUAUGGUUAUGAUACACCAGUUGGUCAAGGUACUGGUACAACAGCUGGUUUAAGUGGUGGUCAACGUCAACGAAUUGCAAUAGCACGUAUCUUAUUGAAAAAUGCACCAAUUCUAUUAAUGGAUGAAGCUACAUCAGCUUUAGAUACUGAAUCUGAAGCCAAAGUACAAAAUGCAUUAAAUAAUGCAAUGAAAGGUCGUACAGUUCUAAUUAUUGCUCAUCGAUUAAGUACAGUACGUAAAGCUGAUCUAAUUCUAGUUAUGUCUAGAGGGCAAAUAGUGGAGAAGGGAACUCAUUCAGAAUUAAUGGCUAAUCAUGGUUACUAUUAUAAUCUUGUACAGAGACAAGAAGGUUGUGAUGUAUUCGAGUAG